CGUUAGUUCCAUCCUCCCCUGACUCUGAGAGGUUUCAUUUACGAUGAUUCUUAUUGGUUCUGAGGACCUCAUUUCAACUGUUCCUUCCCGAAGUAUUUACUGCUUCUGAACCUAUGUAGAGUUAGACUCCGUCUACUAGUCUCGGCUGCCCAUCGCGAUGAUACUCUUGCAAGACAAAUCUGAAGUUUGAGCUAUGACAACAUGAUCGCCAUUGUUUGGUUUGAUAGCGGACGUACCCUCCGGGUGUACGAAAGUCUACCGCACCGUGGACAAGGGUCCCGUGGUUGGUUAUGUGACGUCAAGGACGACUUCGAAUAUAAGAACAAAAGACUUCAUUCAUCCUUGUUCAUAUUGCAAACUUUCGCACAUCUGACUGUAUUGGAUCCGGAAAGAGUCACAUUCUAUAUCUACCUCAAUAUCAUCAAUACCAUCGUUUGAUGUUGCCUGAAGAGUAUGAAAGAUGUCCACAGGUCAGAGUAAUCGACCCGAAGCUAUUCAGACUCCAUCCCAUACGCAGAGCUCUCACAUCGAUGAUAAUGAGAGGAACCGCAGAUCGAGCUCCGUAAGCUCCGAUCUAUCACAUCACCUCUACUACGAAGACAACGAUUGCUUUUUCCCUCCGACUUGGCUAGGAAAGAAACCACCUACUCAACGGGGGAUUGGAUCGAAUUCAUCGGUCAAGGAUAUGCACACUGGGAUCCAAACGUGACAGGCAAGAAAGGAAAGACAUUGUUAUGGCUAUUGGCUGCACGUGGUUAUGGGGUAUCAAACGUGGACUGGGGUUUUCGGCUUGUCCUUUUUGGAGUUCUGCUAUGGCCAAUUCUGAAUGCUCAUUGCGCUUAUGGGACAUGAAGGGCGACUGGUAUGAGGGGGGAUAUGAUGGUUUAAUGUAACCCAGCAUCCUGUUUACCCAAUCUAGUCUUUGCUUCUUGUCAGUCGAAUACAAAGUCGCUGCGAGGAGAAGGCUUGCGAUGGAGCAUGUGUCGCUGGGAAUGCAGAGAACGACAGGGAUACAUGAUCUGGUCGGAGCAGGGUGGUCUAGGUUGCGUCCAACCUAGUGUGUCCCCAGCUGCUACGUGGUUGGUUAAUCUCAAUCGACUCUAAGGUCUUGUUUUAAUAACCUAAAAUACCAGUCUGAUCUCCUUGCAUGGUCCUGUCCAACAAGU